AUUUCUCCAUUUGCAGUGUCACUCUUGUUUGAAAUCAUGGAAAACUGGAAUCUCACUUCAGAUUUCAUUCUCCUAGGACUCCUUAACCACACAGGACCACAUCUAUUUCUCUUUGUGAUGGUUCUGACAACUGCCUUCGCCUCCUUAGUGGGCAAUGCCCUCAUGCUUCUUCUGAUUCUCCUGGACCCCCAAAUCCACAGGCCCAUGUACUUCCUACUGAGCCAACUCUCCCUCAUGGACAUGAUGCUGGUUUCCACAAUUGUACCCCAAAUGGCUGCUCACUACUUGACUGGCAGGAAUUCCAUCUCCCCUGCUGGCUGUGGGUUGCAGAUCUUUUUCUUCCUCACCUUGGGAGGGGGUGAGUGCUUCCUCCUAGCAGCCAUGUCCUAUGACCGCUAUGUCGCUAUUUGCCACCCACUGAGAUACCCAGUCCUCAUGAGCUGGCAAAUAUGCCUGAGAAUGAUUUUGGGGUCUUGGUUCCUGGGUGCAGCUGAUGGACUCAUGCAGGCUGCUGCUACCCUGACCUUCUCAUACUGCAGUUCACAUGAGAUCGAUCAUUUCUUUUGUGAAGCCCCAUCUCUGGUGCGUUUGGCUUGUGCUGACACAUCUCUCUUUGAGUCUGUCAUGUACAUAUGCUGUGUGUUAAUGCUCCUGGUUCCCAUCUCCCUCAUCCUGAUUUCCUAUAGUCUCAUCCUUGCUACAGUUCUCCAGAUGCGCUCUAAUGAAGCCCGCAAGAAGGCUUUUGCCACCUGCUCCUCUCAUCUGUCUGUGGUAGGACUCUUUUUUGGAGCAACCAUUUUUACCUACAUGAGACCCAAAUCAUACAGAUCAGCAAACCAUGAUAAGAUUGUGUCAGCAAUCUAUACUAUCUUCACCCCAGUGCUGAACCCCCUCAUCUACAGUCUGAGGAACAGUGAGGUCAAGGGAGCUCUCAGAAAAUGUAUGGGUCAGUGUGUUGCUUUAAAUAGUGAUUAA